AUGGCCGAUUCAGGAGUCGAUACUGGCAACGAAAGUAGCGACAAUACAGUAUUUGAUCAUCCUCAUCAAGUUUUCGAAUUCAGCCCUCCACCAAUACCAAUAAACAUUGCUGGGCUACCCAUGCCUAUUGACUUUUUUGGUGAAGCGCAUGAUCAUAUUGGGAAAAUAAAGUUUUGUACAAAUGCGAGGCAUUGUCGUCGCAAAUAUAGAAACUGCAAUCUAUUAUCAUACUUUCCUAAAAACAAAAAGCUUAGGUUUGCUGCUGGCACAAACAAUACAGAAUUAGUAGAGAAGCUUUUGCAAGCAGGUGCAGAUCCUAAUUACACAGAUAAACAUUUGAGGAGUCCACUACACUUGGCGGCUUGCCGUGGAUACACCGAUGUUGUUAAAAUUCUUAUCAAAUAUGGUGCUAACCCAAACAUAAAAGAUACUCUUGGAAAUACACCUUUGCAUUUAGCUGCUUGUACAAGCCACAUUUCUGUUGUCACAGCUUUACUGGGUGCAGGAACAGAUGUUAGCUCUAAUGAUAAAAAUGGCCGUACUCCUUUACAGCUUGCACAGAGUAAACUGAAGCUCAUAAGGUUGAGACCAGGGUUUCAUGCAACUCAGGAACUGCUUAGUGAAAUCCGUCUAAUAGUUGAGAUGAUGUUGAAGUACAUGGAAAUUCAAAAAGCAGAUUCAGGAGAAUUAGAAUCUGUUUGUAAAAGGUUAGAAAAUAUAAGUACAAGGGAGCAAGUUGACUCUGAAGUUCAAAAUUUACUUGAUAGUUUGGAUUCAUUAAAAUUAAGGUAA